UAACUAUUACACACAACAAAACAGGAUCGAAACCACCAAAAGACCAACCAUACUCAUGGCCCCCAUUCAACGCACUUUCUCAGAUAUCUCACACCAAAUAUCAACAGACAACACACUAACAAAAGACCCAACUCCAACCGCAACCACAACAACUUUAUUGUCCCUAGCAGCGAUAUCCGAAGUGGAAGAUGCAAAGUGCGAGUGUUGUGGCAUGUCUGAAGAGUGCACACCAGAAUAUAUAAGCCGUGUUCGUUCAAAAUUCUCAGGUAAGCUGAUUUGCGGGCUGUGCGCCGAAGCGGUGGAGCAAGAGAUGGAGAAGAUGAACAACAGUGAAUUAGCUGUGGAGAAGCGGCGUGAGGAGGCAGUGAAGGUACACAUGAGCGCAUGUGCUCGGUUCAACAGGCUAGGCCGGAGUUAUCCGGCCUUGUUUCAAGCAGAAGCCGUUAAGGAAAUUCUCAAAAAGAGGUCUAAGACGAUGGUUAGACCCCCCAAGUCUGAAAAAGGUGGUCUCGCUAGGAGCUCCAGCUGCAUGCCUGCUUUGGCUAAGGAACUAAAAGAUCGUACGUUGGUUAAUUAGUAUAUUAUAUAUAUACUCAAGUUAUGUUCAUGUAUGUUUUUCGAUAAAGCCGUUUACCUAUAUGUUACUAUAUAUGUUCAUAUAAAGAUAAAAGUUACAUGUAGAGAGGGAUAAGGGUGUAACUUAGUUAUAAGUACGUAGUGAAGAAACUGAUGGAAGUAUACCAAGUAUUGUAUUUUUUCCCCCGUGUGAUGUAUCAUUAAAUGUUCGUUUUUCACUCUUAUAUAUUUGUGAAUAAAACAUUUAAA